AUGCUGCUGCUGGCUCACAGUCAUCGCAUCCUCGCAUCUUCGACCGAGCCAAUCGCAUCGCUGCGAACUGCUACACCUGUCCCUGUCCGCAGUCAGCGUCGCUGGCAGCACGGCACCCAAACGCAAACAUCUGGCAGCAGUCCUGCACCCCCGCCACCACCUCCCACGAGCGCCAAGGCAACCUCUUCCGCAAACAGCUCUUCCCAUGUUCGCGAUGCCGAUGCCGCCUUCUCGUCCACAUCUGCUCCCACAUCACCUCACCAGGAUGGCAACGCAUCAACCUCGCACAUCUCGCGGGUAGUGCCAGUGCUGGGCAAUCCCGCUGAAGAGCUUGGCAGCGCGUCCAAUCAACUCAGCGCAUCCCAAGCACAGCUGACGGAAAAGCAGGAGAAGGAGCUGGAGGCAAAGCGGGCAGAGGAGGAGUGGAAGAAGCAACCAUUCGUAAAGCGGGCUUGGAUCAAGGUCAAGGAGGAAGCUGCUCACUACUGGCACGGCACAAAGCUCCUCGCCAAGGAGGUCAGGAUCAGCGCAAGGCUGCUUAGACGGCUCAUGCUCGGAUAUUCGCUCACUCGGAGGGAACAUCGUCAACUGAAGAGAACGACGGCGGACUUGUUGCGCUUGAUCCCAUUCGUGCCAUUCAUCAUCAUUCCAGCUGGCGAAUUGCUCUUGCCCGUGGCCAUCAAGAUCUUCCCCAACAUGCUGCCCUCUACCUUUGAGAGCAAGUUCGCCGUCGAGCAAAAGAGGCGUGGUCUCAUCAAGGUCAGACUGGAAAUGGCAAAGUUCUUGCAAGAGACCAUUCGAGAAGGUGGCAUACAGGCUCCCAACGCUGUGCAGACGACCGAUGAGUUCAAAGAAUUCUUCAGAAAAGUUCGAUCGACUGGCGAAGAGCCCUCCGAAGAAGACAUUUUGAAAGUCGCAAAGCUCUUUGACGACGAAGUCACGCUGGAUAACCUGACUCGGCCGCAGCUGGUGUCCAUGUGCAGAUACAUGCAAAUCAAUGCCUUUGGCACCGACAACUACCUGCGCUACCAGAUCAGAGCUAAGCUGAACAGCAUCAAGCGGGACGACAUGACGAUCUCUGCAGAGGGCACGGACAACAUGAACCUGCACGAGCUACAGAGCGCAUGUCAGAGCAGAGGCAUUCAGACGCUCAAUCUGAGCGAGGAAAGAUUGAGGCACGAGUUGAUGCAAUGGAUCCAGCUGCACUUACAUCAACGCAUCUCGGGCACGUUGUUGAUUCUCAGCAAAGCUUUCAACUACUUGCCGCAGGGCGCAGAAGAGGAGAAAGCGAGCUCUCAAUUGCAGAGUCUGCAACUGACUCUCAGCAGUCUGCCAGACGAGUUGAUCGAAGAGACUGAGCUGAGCGUAUCAAAGGACAGCGCGACCAACAAGCAGAGGUUGGAGGUGCUGGAACAGCAAGAAGAUUUGAUCGCCGACGAAGCAGACCAAGAGCAAGCAGAGGAAGAAGCUCGCAAGGCAGACAAGGAGAGGAAGAAGCAGCUGGUAGAGAGGCAAAAGCUGAGCCAGGAAGCAGAGGAAGCCAAGAGCCUGUUACCCAAUGCCGAGGUGCAGCAGGACCCGCAGGAUGCUAGGAUGACCAAUGAGCAACUCACCGAAUUGGGCGAGGCUCUCAGCAUUCUGAGCGCCAAAUCGAGCGUGCUCAAGGAGAGAGCGGAAUUGGCCCAGCUGAUCAAGGAGGUGGCGGGCGAGGAGAACAUUUCCGUGUCGGAAUUGACUGCGUCCGAGAGCACUGCAGCUUCGGCCGAGCAAAAGGACAGUUCUUCGAGCGAAUCCAAAGAGUCUGCAGAGGGCGGCGCUACGUCGUCUAGCGUCUCUUCCGCAUCUCGAAGCCUGGCCAAGCGGGUCAAGGCGAUGUUGAAGAAGAUCGAUGCGCAAUUGGAAGAGUAUGACAAGGAUGUAGGAUCGCGAAUGCACAUCAUCGAGACUUCUCCCAGCGGCAAGAUCAGCGUGGACGAUGUUGGGCAAGCUUUGAGGCUCAUCAAGCACAAACCCGACGACGAUGUGCUGGAAAAGAUUGUGGACAAGCUGGACGUGGAUAAUGAUGGAUUGGUGCCGCUGGCUGAUCUGGUAGAGCUGGCUAGGCAAGAGACGGGCUUGGGAAGGUUGAGGGAGGAAGAUGCGUUGCCGGACGAAGUCAAUGAGGUCAGAGCAGCUAGCAACAGGCUGAGGGAGGAAAAGAAGCCGGAAAAGAAACCUCGCAGGGAAGAUAUUGUCAAGGAAGAGUAG